CUUCCCUUCCUAUGCAUGCAACAAUAACAUCCUCUGGAUGGAAAGAGGAGCCAAGUUAGAGUCCUCAGUUAACCAAGACAGAGCCUGAGGCAGAGGGAGACCCAGAGCUCCAGCUGCCUCCCAUAGCUAGGCCUCCUUGCCGGCCGCCAGGUAGGUCACCGCUCGGGUCCGGACGCCAAACACAGGACCUGCCGGCCUCAGCCUCCAGGCCUGGGCGGGCCGCCAGGCGAGUGCGUUCCAGCGCUUAAAAGGCGCCACUGGAGGCCGUGCGUCCACUGGGCGGACCACUGGCCAUGGAGCCGCGCGCAGGGGACGCCACGGACCCUAGGGGGAGCAGAGGAGGCCGCCACCCUCUCCUGCCAGCGGGCCCCAGCGCCCGUCAGCUCCUGGCGCGGCUGGACGCGCGCCCCCUGGCGGCCCGAGCUGCGGCCGACGUGGCGGCGCUGGUGCGCAGGGCCGGCGCCACAUUGCGCCUGCGUCCCAAGGAGGGUGUUAGUGUGCUGAACUCUGCAGACAUAGAGGUCACAGACAGUCGUCUGCCUCACCCCACUACUGUGGAUCACCAGGCACAGCAUCGUCGGUCGGAAACUUUGGGUAUGUGUACUCAACCGCUGGGAGUGACCCAUACUGAGGCACGUUGUGCUUCGAAGCCGCCCCGGACCACUGGUCAAUUCUGUGUAGAGCUGGUCCGCGGUUCUGCAGGCUUUGGUCUCACUUUAAGUGGCGGCUGGGAUGUCUGUGGGGAUGCUCCGCUGGCUGUGCGCGGACUGCUUAAGGACGGGCCGGCACAACGCUGCGGUCGUUUGCAGGUCGGUGACCUAGUGCUCCACAUUAAUGGAGAGUCAACACAGGGCCUCACUCACGCCCAGGUCGUGAAGAAGAUCCGCGCUGGAGGCCCCCAGCUCCACCUGGUGCUCAGCCGGCCUAUGGAGACCCAUCCUGGCAAGACUGAAGGGGUGGGAAGAUUCUCGAAAGGAGAUGUCCCACCACCUGCAGAUCUCAGCCCAGAUCCUGGGGGGCCAGAGAAAAUGAGGUCUGGCAGCAGUAGCACUUCCCCAGUUCAGCACCUUCAAUCCUGGACAACUGGCAAGACCCAGGAUACCCGGGAGCCUAGUCCAGAGGAGGUGGCCAGCGGCCGGUUGGUUCCCCGUCCUGAGCCCCGCGCUGAGGACCCUGAGGACCGCAUCCCAGGUUCCCCAGGGCCCUGGCUGGUGCCGAGCGAGGAACGUCUCUCGCGGGCCCUGGGGGUCUUAGGGGCGGUACAGCUCGCUCAAGAGACGGCAGCAGGACGGCGGAGACACUGAGCCUACAUCAGACCGCUCUGUGCUGCGUUGGUGCCGCCCAACCUAGAUCUGGUGUGCUGGGCCCCGCAUCGCACUCCCCUCGAAAUGUCAGUGGUAUGGGCCGUCCAGACCGGCCAGCCCUUCGCUUCUGGUUUGGCCGAGGGAAGUAUUAAAAUGGUUCAAUCCAGUCUUGACUUGCUAGGUGCUCUAGGUCGGGUGGGGCUGCCCAGUCCGCUCUGUAAAGGAGGGGAGUGGCUUGAUCCGGUUUCAAGGAGUGCCUCUUCUUGUAACCGCAGUCAAGCUUCUUGCCGAGCCGUUUCUUUCUUUCUUUUUUUUUUUUUUUGUAGAGACAGAGUCUCACUUUAUGGCCUUCGGUAGAGUGCCGUGGCCUUACACAGCUCACAGCAACCUCCAACUCCUGGGCUUAAGCGAUUCUCUUGCCUCAGCCUCCCGAGUAGCUGGGACUACAGGCGCCCACCACAACGCCCGGCUAUUUUUUGGUUGCAGUUUGGCCGGGGUGGGGUUUGAACACGCCACCCUGGGUAUAUGGGGCCGGCGCCUUACCGACUGAGCCACAGGCGCCGCCCCACCGAGCCGUUUCUUUCAUGCUUCCGGCUGGGUCUUUACUUCUGCCUAUCCUAAGCCCAUGCUUCCUACCCUCGCCUUUUCUCUUCGCCAACUCCUGCUGCGUUUCCCAUUCAUUCAUUUCACCUCUUUGGGGAUGUGCAAUGGUUCACACGUAAUUAUUGUGCGUGGCAAUGGGGAGUGCAGAGGUGGGCCUGUUAUUGUGGCAGGAGUGCACAGGUAUAACCCACAGUCCUGACUCAGAAUCGUCCAGAUCCUCAGCCGUCGUUGGAAUAUCAAGGCUAGGAGCAGGGUGGCUUCCUUCGCCAGGAGCCUGCGGUCUCCCACUUCCGGCCUAGUCGGCUAGCUUUUGCUGGCACGUAGACUGCCACCCUCAAGGCACUGGCUGGGGCCCUAGAGCCCCCUUUGGGGAGGAGCCGGGAAGGUGUGAGUCGGCGCCUCUGGGCGGACCAGGCUAAAAAGGGCUGUGCGUAUUAAAAACAAACAAUAAAAGGUUGUCAGAAUUUUUCAGCCACGCCCCCCUUUUCCAUAGAUGGUGAGGAACUGCAGCUGGGCUUGUGUGUACAUGCCACACGCUGGGCGUUCCCAAUCCCAGGAAAGGUCGAGAAUUUCCUCUGUCCUGGAAAUAGAGCUCCACAGCUGGGGCUAAUAUGGCCAGCGGGCUCCAAGCAGGGUAGCCCCGAGGCAGACACUGGCAAAGGCCAGAAACGUCCAGUCACCUCUGCUGUCACCACAUCCUGAACACUCUGCCCCAUCCUCCCAAGGAGGGAAGCUGUGGUCUGACUGAAGCCGGCAACUUUCACUCCUAUGGGGAGGGGGCGGGGAGAGAAGAGAGAAAUUAAAGGACCAGAGUGUGAGUCCAGGGUGGCUUGGAGAGAAGAGAGGAACUGCAAAGAGAGCUGGGAAUUGGAGUUAUGAAGUGAAGAGGUGAACACUUGAAUGGUUAGUGCUGUAGAUAUUGUUAGGGAGUGUGCCAGCGUGAUUUCCAACUAUCCCUGACUCAGCCUGGUGGAGGUGUGGGUCUAUAGAAGUCAGCAAAAGCCUCAAGUGCCCCAGUCCUAUAAACCCAGUCACACCCAGGAGACUAAUAAUAGUAACCCCAGCCACCAUUUGCUUAGUCUUAUCCCUCCUACUGGCGUUAUUGCAAUACUUACUUUCAUCUACAGUAGUUACAUAUGUACUCAACAACCUUGAUAUGUCUAUUUCACAGAGAAGGAAAGUGAGGCCCCAAGAGUACAAAUAGCUUGAGGGAGUGGGUUUGGAGGAUUUGAUCUAGACCUGAUACACAAGGCUGUCCUCUUAAUUUCUUUAUUUUUCUUUUUUCUUUUCUUCUGUUCUCUUUUUUCUUUCUUUCUUUCUUUUUAUUUUUUAUUUUUGUAGAGACAGAGUCUCACUUUAUGGCCCUCCGUAGAGUGCCGUGGCCUCACACAGCUUACAGCAACCUCCAACUCCUGGGCUUAAGCGAUUCUCUUACCUCAGCCUCCCAAGUAGCUGGGACUACAGGCGCCCGCCACAACGCCUGGCUAUUUUUUGGUUGCAGUUUGGCCGGGGCCGGGUUUGAACCCGCCACCCACGGUAUAUGGGGCCGGCGCCCUACCUACUGAGCCACAGGCGCCGCCCUCUUUCUUUCUUUCUUUCUUUUUUUUGACAGAAUCUUACUUUGUCACCCUCAGUAGAGUGCUCUGGCAUCAUAGCUCACAGCAACCUCCAACUCUUGGGCUCAAGCCUCCGGAGUAGCUGGGAUUACAGAUGCCCACCACAAUGCUCAGCUAUUUGUUAGAGAUGAGGUUUCACUCUGGCUCAGGUUGAUCUUGAACCUGUGAGCUCAGGCAAUACACCAGCCAUGAACUCCCAAGUUCUAGGAUUACAGGCAUGAGCCACUGUGCCCAACCCAAUUUCACAAUUUUGGGUGGAGGAGGAGGGACAGGGCCUAGUUCUGUUCCCUAGGUUGGAGUGUAGUAGCAUGAUCAUAGCUCAUUAUAACCUCAAACUCUUGGGCUCAAAUGAUCCUCUUGCCUCAGCCUCUUAAGUAGCUGGAAUUACAGGUUUAUGCCACUAUGCUUGGCUAAUUUUUAAUUUUUGUUGUAAAGACAUGGUCUCCCUAUGUUGCCCAGGCUGGUUGACAAUUAUUAAUUAAAUCUAAGCAGGCUGGGUGAGGUGUCUCAUGCCUAUAAUCCUAGAACUCUGAGAGGCCAAGAGAUGUGGAUUCCCUGAGCUCAGGAGUUUGAGACCAGCCUGAGCAAGAGCAAGACCCUAUCUCUAUUAAAAAUAGAAAAAUUAGCCAAGAGUUUUGGCAGGUGCCUGUAAUCCCAGCUACUUGGGAGGCUAAGGCAAGAAGAUCUCAUGAGCUAUGAUGCCAUGGCACUUUGCCCAGAUGAUAGAAUGAGACUCUACCCCAAAGAAAAAAAUAGACCCAGCUGUAUAUACCCUGCAUUGUGAUAGGUACUGUGCAAAUGCUGGGAGAACAGGACAGAAAGAUGUAUAUCUUUGUGUAGCUGAUGUAAUGGGGUAGAUGGAUGCCAGACAGGAAAGACAAGAAAAUUAAUUUUAAAAAGAUAAUUUCAGAGUGAUCCAAGAGGUAUGAAUCUAGCAAAAUGAGGUUAUGUUUGGGGAGAUGAUGGUGGGUUUCUGUCCUCUUUGAAGACAUGACACUUGAGAUGGGUCAUGAAUGACCAGAAGCCAGAGGUAUGAAGAGCUGGGGGAAGACAUUGACAGCAGUGGGAAUAUUAAGGACAAAUGCUGUGAGGUGGGACCUAGUUUGUCUUAGAAGACAAACUUAGAAGUUUGUCUAAGUCUGUUUUAGAAACUUAGGCAUGUCCUUACAGAGUCAGGAAGCACACGCUCAGCACUUGGAGAAGCAUGUUUCAUCCCCUCCACUAUUCAGUCACUCUUUCAGCAGCUAGGGCUGAAAGACAGAACUUCCUUAGUUUUGAGGGACCCUGUGUUUGAGAAGAGGAGAGAAGGCAAGCCCUUGAGUUGAACUUUCCUAGCCUUCCAGUUCUCCCCAACUUAAAUGAAAUGAAAAUAAAACCAACAUCCAGCCUGGAGAGUGAGUCCCUCAGUGCACUUCCUAUCUCCUGAUUCCAGGUGACCAGGUGUAAGUCUCAGAUUCAGAAAUUAAGACUGAACUGUAAGAAAUGUAUUGCUCAAAAUAACAGACUCUGCAAAUGUCUUCAGCUUUGUCACCUAGCCUUGUACCCCAGGAACCAUCCCCUCCCCUUCAUUUUACCAAGUACCUGGCAAUAAACUUCACCAUUCCUCAUGUAGGGCUGACUGGCUCCUACCCUUAGAACCAAGAAAACCGGGGCCUAAAAUUUAGGGCCAGGACUUCUUUGGGAUUUCAGAGCACAGAAUGAGAGAUACCUUUGCUCCCUGGGUUCCCUGUUAACAAACAAUGCCCGCCCCAUGUAUCGAGCAGCUCCAUGCUCAUCAGGCCUUGCUCUCUCUCAGCAUUUGCAGCAGGGUGUUAUCAAUGCUGAGAGAUUUAUUCCAGGGUGGGUGUGGUGGCUCAGGCUUGUAAUCCUAGCACUCUGGGAGGCAAAGGUGGGUGGAUCGCAUGAGCUCAUAGGUUCAACACCAGCCUGAGCCAGAGCAAGAACUCAUCUCUAAAAAUAGGCAGGCAUUGUGGCAGGCGCCUGUGGUCCCAGCUACUCAGGAGGCUGAGGCAAGAGAAUCGCUUAGGCCAAAGAGUUUGAGGUUGCUGUGAGAUAUGACGCCAGGCACUCUACCCAGGGUGACAAAAUGAGACUCUGUCUCAAAACAAAAUUUAUUUCACAGUCCGUGAUCCUUUAUCCGAAAUUCUGAAGCCCCUAAAGCUCUAGAAACAGACUAUUUUCCCCACAAGUUUGGCACCAUUUGAUUACUAAAUCUGACCUGACUUAAUGAGGAACAAUUUUCAGUUCUUACUUAUUCAUUUACUGUGAACUUUCACAUCUCUUCCUGAGGCAAUGUUGACUUUUAUUAUUUUUUUUAAACGCGGCAGUCCCAAACCCUGCUGAGAGUAUAUGCAAGGUGAAAACUUUCUAAAAUCCAAAAUAUUCGGAUUUCUGGAAACGUACCAGGUCCUGAGGCUUUACUGGGUCCUCAAACUUUUUAAACAGGGGGCCAGUUCACUGUCCCUCAGACCGUUGGAGGGCUGGACUGUAGUUUAAAGAAAAACUAUGAACAAAUUCCUAGGCACACUGCACAUAUCUUAUUUUGAAGUAAAACAAAACAAAACAAAACGGGAACAAAUACAAUCACACGGCCGCAUAUGGCCCGCGGGCCAUAGUUUGAGGACCCCUGCUAGGGUUUAAUCAUGGCCCAAGCAGUUUCUCAGCUAAAGAAACCAAGUCAGAUUCCUCCCAAAGCCAGACUCCUGUAUUCCAAAAAGGCGAAGGG